UUACAACGGCCUUACAUCUCCUUACACCUUUAUUGCAACCAUCUCUCUAUCUAUACUUGGAUUCCUGUCAUUAGCAACGGUUCAUUUCUCACAUUUCAGGGUGGCUUUGCGAGAGUCUACCUAAUGACUGACGUCAGUAACGGGAACCAAUACGCGUGCAAGAUCAUUCCGAAGAAUCGAAUGCAGAAGAUCCACAUGCAAAAAAUCGCGCGUGAGAUCAUGAUCCACAAAGAGCUGAAUCACGUGAACGUCGUCCAGAUGCAUCACUACUUCGAGGACAAUCUCAACGUUUACAUGCUUCUAGAGGCCUGUCCACGAAAGAGCUUGAUGCACGUGCUGAAGUACCGUGGCAAAGUCACGGAACCGGAAGCGCGUUACUAUAUGAAGCAAAUGGUGACCGGCGUCGCGUACAUCCACUCGCAGAAAGUCGUUCAUCGGGAUCUCAAGCCGGGCAACAUGUUCCUGUCGGACCGGAUGAUCGUCAAGAUCGGCGACUUCGGACUGGCGACUAGACCCGACGGUCAACGUAGACGAGUGACGAUAUGCGGCACGCCGAAUUACAUCGCGCCGGAAGUGCUGUACAAGCAGGCGUACAGCUACGAGGCGGGUUGGGCGUUGGGCUGCAUAUUGUACGCUCUACUGGUGGGUCAGCCGCCCUUCGACACUGCCACCCUCAAGGAAACGUACGCUAGGAUCUGCAGCAAUCAUUAUCGCGAGGUGGACGACAGUAUCGCGAGCAGGAGCGGCCAGGAUCUAAUCAGAUGGCUGCUGCAAUCCAACCCCGAGCUACGACCGAGUCUGGAGAGGGUGAAGGAACACGCUUAUCUCACGAAGGAAUACGUGCCGGCGUCGUUGCCGCAUACUUGCUGUUACCAGAUGCCACCGACGUCCAUCAUUGAGCCACCCUCGUCGCCGUCCUCGGUCUCUACGGUCGCCAGGAAUCAGCAGGAAGCCAGCAAGUCGCAGAUGUGGCAGCAGAGUGUCGUCCAUUCCGACGUGGGAUCGUUGCGUUAUCCGCAACAGCAACAGCAGCAACAGCACCUUCAAGCACAACAACAGCCUCAACAGUUGAAUCUGCUGAAUCGUUCGCAGAAGAGCCUGCAGAAGGAAUCCAAGGUCUCGAGCUGGUUGGUCAGAAAAUUGCCCAAGCUGCCGCGAUUCCGACAGCGACUCAGCAGCGUGCUGUGCCCGGAUCACAAAAAGACUGGCCUCGUUGCGCAAAGUGUGCAGAUGCAUCGCGCUCUAGAGAUAUGCGUAACAGAGAUGAAACGACACAAUUGCGCGUGCAAUCCGCCGACCGUGGAGGAUAUCGUGCCGCUUUUCGUCACCAAAUGGAUCGAUUAUUCAAAUAAGUACGGUCUGGGCUUCCAACUCUCCGACAGGUCAGUCGGUGUGCUCUUCAACGACAACACGAAGAUCAGUUACACUCACGAUAGAAGAAGAGUGGAGUACAUGACGACCGACGACGAGCUGACGCGAUAUCACCGAGAGAGAGUGCCGAUGCCGUUGCAGAAGAAGAAGCUCGAGCUACUUCGUCAUUUUACCGAGUACAUGGACGAUUUCCUGACAGAAG